CCGGCCACAUUUGUCGUGUAGCUACUGGACGGGAAGGUGGGACAGUCGCCGUUCGCCCCAAACCUCCGAUCAUCACACAACGGGACUCGUGACUUUUCUUUGCCUUCGAUGACAGCCUACCUAGGUGAUGAUACAUCACCGCUGCACGCACCAUGUCCGCAGCUCUAAGCAAGCGCCAGCAGGCUCGCAACGAAAAGGUUCUGCAAGACCUCCUUCACAACGUUGCUGGAAACAACUUCUGCGCCGACUGUCAAGCACGGAAUCCUGGUCAGUGGCCGCUUCUGACAAAUGCCCUGCGCGAACAUCGUGGGACUAACAACACCUCGGUUCUUCAGGGUGGGCAUCAUGGAGCGUACGUGUGCCGAGUUUCCACUUCGAACCUCACAUCUGAACGACGACUUGCCGAAUCCAAUGUCACUACUGCAUGCACGUUGGACGGGAUAUGCUGACGCUGUUGUGUCGUAGUUGGGCAUCUUCCUCUGCAUGCGAUGCGCCACCAUCCACCGCAAGCUGGGCACCCACGUGUCCAAGGUGAAGUCGCUGAGCAUGGAUAGCUGGACCAAUGAGCAGGUCGAUAACAUGAGGAAGGUCGGCAAUGUUAUUUCCAACAAGCUGUACAACCCGGAGAACAAGAAGCCACCCGUCCCAAUAGACGCCGACGAAGCCGACAGCGCCAUGGAGCGAUUCAUCCGACAAAAAUAUGUUAGCCGCACUCUCUCCACAAACAAGAAGCACGCCGGAGGCAGCGACUUGGACGACACCCCUCCCCCGCUCCCUCCCAAGACUCCUCCUAGUCGCUUCGGGCUCCGAUCCGCUUCUUCGAUAUUCCCGCUCGGUUCCAAGGCUAAGAAAGCGCACGAGCCGACCAGCCCGCGAAACCCGCGAGACUCGCGAGAACACCCACCCCAGCCGCCGCCCCGGACCACAUCCGCUGGGGCGUUCGGUGCGAGCAUCAAUCGCGACCGCGGAGAUGGAGAGAGCACAGAGCAGAAGUUGGCUAAACUGCGCGAUAUGGGCUUUGCGGAUGACCACAGGAAUUCGAUGGUGCUGAAAGGAGUGGGCGGAAAUCUGGAGAAGGCGGUAGAGGCGUUGGUCCGGCUCGGGGAGGGGAGUGGCAGGCCGCCCACGCUCUUGACGCCUGCGAGAGCCGCGACGAUGCCGGCAACAAGAAGCUUGACGCCCAGCGCAGGCUCCGAGACCUCUCGUGCGCGACCUGUCAGUCCUGCUAGCACGAAUCCCUUCGACAUGCUCGAAACGCCGCCGCCGCCGCAGCCUCUCUCUUCGCAGUCGACGGGAACGUUACAGACCAAAAAUCCAUAUGUAUCCACGAAUCCGUUUGGCGCCCCGCAGCAGACGCCGGCAGCGCUCGACCUGGCCUUUCAGAACAUGUCUCUGGCGCCACCAUCCCAACCUCUGUUCCCGCACCACACGGGUGGCCUUGUCGCCCAGCAGCCCUACCAACCACCGAUGACAGCUCCUCUGACAGCUCCGUUGACCCCCCCAGCACAAGGUUACGCGGCAGUAGGGGUGAACGGGAACCAGACAUACGGCACCGCAGCACAGCUGGCCGGGGCUACCUACAACCCGUUUUUCACAGCGCAGCCGGCACAACAGCCGCUGUCCAUCAACACCGCCCAGUUCGGCGGCAGCUUGAGCAGUAACCCCUUUGCGCGGUCACCAACGCGAAUCCAGUCACCGAGCCUCUCGCAAAUUCCAGAACAGACGCAACAAAACGUCUACACGCAGCCAGUGCAACCGCAGGCGACCAAUCCCUUCUUCGCCCCCACGACAUCGGCGCCGCAACAACUAUACGCAGGCCAGAUGCAGCUGCCCCCGCAAGCAGGCCUGGCGCCGCAGAUGACCGGCUACUCGCAGCAGUUACAGCAGCCGCCGCCUCGGGCCGAUAAAGCAUCGAUUAUGGCGUUGUACAACUACCCGCAGUUGGCACCGAACAAAAACUCGACGCAGACUCCGUUCCAGGCCAGCACAGACGCCGAACUAACCACCACGCCCGCUCAGACGCCCAGUUCGCUCUUCCCUCCACAAACGUUCCCCCAGCAGCAGCAGCAGCAGCAGCAGCCACAACAACAGCAGUCCCACCCCCAUCAGCCGCAAUCGCAGCCGACCUCCGUCAGCCCCGCCGCGGGGAGCAAAAACCCGUUUGCAGGCGCUGGGGCCGCCGGGCGGCUCGCGGAUGCGACGCCGAAGCACAACGUCAGCCGCGAGAGCAUGAUGGCGCUGGGGCUGGAGUGGUCGAACGGGCGGCAUAGUCCGGACGCGUUUGCGAGUCUUAGCGCGAGGGAUACACGCUGAUUUUGGGGUUUGUAUGUGUGUCUCGCUUUGGUGUGGUUUACCUUAAGCUUAGUGAGGGAAUGUAUUUCCUGUAUCUACAUACGUGUUUUGGGUUGGUUGGCGGCUCCGCGCGUAGGCAGGUUUUUUUGUAUGUACCUAGCUGCAGCCUCAGGAUGGAUAGUAGUUAACGGUACAUAUUUUGUCUCUGUCAUGUUUUGUCUCUGUCUCUGUGGUGCCUGUGGGCCUCGCGUUGAGCGUCUGCAGAGCAGGGGGAUAUUCAUGAGCCGAACGUGAGAUGUGAUUUGUAAACCCGUGGCCCGGGAUCCCAACAGGGAUUGUGUGUGGACUUGUAAAGUGCCAUCGGGGAAUCAACUUGGUGCUUACUCUGCACCUCAUAACGA